GUGGUGCACUGGGGUUCGGUUACAGCCCGUUACAGCGUCUUGGUGCUGAACUAUCGCGCGGCAGCAUUACUUUGAGGGCCCUAAGCCAUGUACAAAGAGUUGGCAGUGGCAUUGGGGCUCGGAGCGGUGGUAGCCCUGGUAUUCCUGAAGAAGAGAAAGAGUGUCCUGAAAGCUCAGGAUGGGUGGUGGGGUGUGGGAGCUUGUCCCCAAGUACCUGAGGAUGACAGUAUCCACCCUUUUAAAGUUGAGACAACUUCAGAAGAGAUUGAGGAUCUGCACCGCAGGCUAGAUCAGACCCGUUCCUUUCCUUCUCUUGAAGACAGUCAGUUUAACUAUGGCUUUAACUCCAAAUACCUUGAGAAGGUUGUGUCUUAUUGGAGGAAUGAUUUUAACUGGAGGAAACAAGUGGAUAAACUGAACAAAUACCCUCAUUUCAAAACCAAAAUCGAAGGUAUUGAUAUUCACUAUGUUCACGUGAAACCAAACAACCUGGCCGAGGGAACCCGUGCUGUGCCUCUGAUGAUGGUACAUGGAUGGCCAGGCUCCUUUUAUGAGUUUUAUGGCAUCAUCCCCCUGCUUACGGAGCCGUCCAGUCCUGAUGACAUAACCUUCGAAGUCAUUUGUCCCUCAAUACCUGGUUAUGGUUUCUCAGAGGCUCCACGUAAGAAAGGUUUUGACACCGUAUGUGCAGCUCACAUAUUUAAUAAACUGAUGAAGAGGCUUGGUUUCAACCAGUACUAUGUUCAGGGAGGAGACUGGGGCUCGCUUAUUACGACUAAUAUGGCCCAGCUGGAGCCCAAUGCUGUGAAAGGCCUCCACAUUAACUUUGCUCCCCCUGGACAAGCAGGCCUUCUCAUGGUGUUGUCUAUACUUUUUGGUCGCCGAUUCCCCAAACUCUUUGGCUUCACCGAGCAUGAUCUGAAACGCCUUUUCCCCACUAUGGAAAAGCUUGUAGUAGACGCAUUAAGGGAGACUGGAUACAUGCACAUACAGUCCACUAAACCUGACACUGCAGGCCGUGGAUUGAAUGACUCUCCCGUUGGUUUGGCUGCCUACAUUUUGGAGAAAUUUUCGACCUGGACUCACCCUGAGUUUAAGAACCUUGAGGAUGGUGGGCUGGAGAGGAAGUAUUCUCUUGAUGAUCUCCUGACAAAUGUGAUGAUCUACUGGACCUCUAGGUGCAUUAUAUCCUCCAUGCGUUUCUACAAGGAGAACUUCGGCAGAGGCCUGAACCAGCCCCAUGCAAAGCUUCCAGUUUACGUUCCGACCGGUGUGGCCUCUUUCCCUAAUGAGGUGAUGCAUUCCCCUAAAUUGUGGGUGACCCAGAAAUACCAUAAACUCAAGACUUACACUCCCAUGGCUCGCGGGGGCCAUUUUGCUGCUAUGGAGGAGCCACAGUUAUUGGCAGAGGAUGUUCAGAACUUCGUCAAGAUUGUGGAAAAGAGAAAGAAGAAAUGAACAGUCCUAUGUCCUUUUAUUCAUAUUCAUGGGACUAAUGGUCCUCACUAUUUAGAUGCAUAGAUAAAUGCAUCUAAACAGAGAUGACCAUGAAGUAAAAAACAACCCCUGGACCACAACAAAUGACUAAUCCUAAUCAUUACUGUGUGAAAAACUAUUAUUAAAAAAAAUGCAUUAUAUUAAGUUUAUGUAAUAGCACUGCUUAAUCCUAGAAAUGUAUUAACACAAUUUUAUUUGUAUCAUGUGCCUUAAUUUUAUUGCAGUUUAAAUAAUUAUAUUAUAAUGACAGGAGCUUACUUACAGUGAUUAUUUGUGGAGAUGCCGAAGUGUUUUGACAGUUUUCCGAAUGGGACCACAGGAAUCAAUUUAAUGCUGAUGUUAAACUGUGUGAAAUGAUAGUCAAUCCUUUAUUGAAGCACUAUUGCAGUUAUUGAAUGAUAGCAAUACGUAGUAAAGACAGAAAUCACAAAAGACUGUCGGGAAGACAUUUUUAUUGUUAUCAAGACCAAUUUUAUAUCACUUUCUCAUUACAAACAAUUCAUCAAGAGGACAAAAAUGAGUGAUUCAAUGCCCACUAGAGUGGCUAAGUAUAUCUGUUCCUCUAUUCUGCAUUCAUCUACGUAAAUAAAGGUAUCAUCGCUAUAGAUGCUCUGCUGGCCAAUGCAACCUCCUCUUUUUCACAUAAUGGAAAGUUCUUGGCGAGAACUUUCACGACCAAUCAAAUAAAGAGACGCCAAGUGAAGGCACGACCAAAGCAAUGAAGCUGGUCAGACUCCAUUGCUUAUGGUUUUCUGGAAUGCAUAUUUGGGAAAAUAAAAUAGGAACACUUCUAUUAAAAAAAAUAAAUAUUCUCAUAAUAUUUAUAUAAACAUUAUGUAUCGAAAUAUUUAUUUUGCACUAAUGAGAGUUGCGCUUUCCGUAGAAAAUUAGUAUUUAAAAAUGUCAU